AUGGGCGCGAUGGCAGCCGCCUCACAAUCCAAGCGAGAAGGUGAUAUAUCAGACUCCUUCGCAUCUCUAGCCGGCAUCAAGGACGAACCCCUCCCGGAUCAGUUUCGGCUGCUCAAGCUGUCGCUGGUUGAGGGACACGAGGACAAAAUCAAGACGAGCUGGAAUGCGCUGCUCGAGCGGCUCAGGGUCGAGAACGACAUCGUCGCCGAGCAGGGGUCCAAUGUCAUCCCCGAGCUGCACUUUGAUCGGCUUCAGGACGACCUUAGCACCAUCCGGGAGGAGAUAAAGAAGCGUGGCGCUGUGGUUAUCAGAGGCGUCAUCCCGGAGCAGGAGGCUCGAGGAUACAAAUUUGAGCUGGACGAGUAUAUCCGCAAGAAUCCACAUACAAAGGGAUUCCCGGCGCACGAUCCUCAAGUUUGGGAAUUGUACUGGUCAGCGCCCCAGCUGCGCGCCCGCACACAUCCCAACUUCAUGGUCCUGCAAAAGGCGCUCAUGAGAUCAACAUGGAAUACAUCCGACCCAAGAUCUCUCAUAUCCAUCUCCAACCCCAUAUCCUACGCCGAUCGCCUGCGCAUACGACAGCCAGGGGACGCAACUUUCGCACUUGGUCCGCACGUAGACGGUGGAAGCGUGGAGAGAUGGAUGCCUGAGGGAUACGGUCUUGGUGGUACGUAUGAUGCCAUAUUUCGAGGGGAUUGGGAAUCGCAGUACGACCCAUGGGACGCUAGCACGAGGGUCAAUGCGGUGAACGAUCUAUACAAUGGCUUGGGAGCCUGCAGUGCGUUCAGAGCGUUUCAGGGAUGGAUGAGUAUCAGCAAGGCUGGGCCAAAGGAGGGAACGUUGUUGGUAAACCCACUCCUGAAACUGGCUACAUCAUAUGCACUGCUGCGGCCCUUCUUCCAGCCGAGAAACAUUGUAGAUUUGGAGAAGGCAAAGCCAGGGAGUCUGGCAAGGGCGAGAUUCUUAGCACCUGAGAAUUGGGAGUUUACCAGCGGGGACAAGAUGACAAGCGAGAUACCAGGGGCGACUCCUGGGUACGGCAUGGAGUUUCCUAAGCUGGCCAUGCAUCCUCACCUCGAGCUAGACAGGACGAUGGUCCAUGUGCCUCAUAUCAAGCCUGGGGACUAUGUGGCAUGGCACUGCGAUAGUAAGUUAACAAUCCAUGCUGUUGACUUUGAGCACAAAGGCAAACGAGACUCAAGCGUGCUCUAUAUUCCCAUUUGCCCAGCCACCGAGAUCAACGCCAACUACGUCGUACAGAUGAGGGACGCAUGGACCAAAGGCACUCCUGGGCCUGAUUUUCCCGGCGGCAAGGGUGAGUCUGAGCAUGUGGACCGGCCAGACGAGAGCUUUCUCAGGUCCGUGGCUGGAGAGGAUGGGCCAGCCUCUGUCGGUCUCGAGCCACUGGUUGAGCCUGUCGAUGGCAGCGAGGGGGAGAAGGAAGUCAUUCGAAGAGUAAACAAGAUCUUGGGCUUCUGA